CGGCCGCGAGAGCUCGAGCGCCCAAGCGCCGGAUCCAGCCGGGCUAGCGAGAGCAAGACCAAGCUCCGGGGAGUCCGGGAGAAGGCGAGCGGCGGCCGAGAGCUAGCCGAGCGCACCCCUGUGCGACCCAGCGACACCGUGCCGGGCGGCGUCCAGGCGGCAUGGAGAAGGACGGCCUGAGCCGUGCGGACCAGCAGUAUGAGUGCGUGGCGGAAAUCGGGGAGGGCGCCUAUGGGAAGGUGUUCAAGGCCCGCGACCUGAAGAACGGAGGCCGUUUCGUAGCGCUGAAGCGCGUGCGGGUGCAAACCGGCGAGGAGGGCAUGCCGCUCUCCACCAUCCGCGAGGUGGCGGUGCUGAGGCACCUGGAGACCUUCGAGCACCCCAACGUGGUCAGGCUGUUUGAUGUGUGCACAGUAUCACGAACAGACAGAGAAACCAAACUAACGUUAGUGUUUGAACAUGUUGAUCAAGACUUGACCACUUACUUGGAUAAAGUUCCAGAGCCUGGAGUCCCCACUGAAACCAUAAAGGAUAUGAUGUUUCAGCUUCUCCGAGGUCUGGACUUUCUUCAUUCUCACCGAGUAGUGCAUCGUGAUCUGAAACCACAGAACAUUCUGGUGACCAGCAGUGGACAGAUAAAACUGGCUGAUUUUGGCCUUGCCCGCAUCUACAGUUUUCAGAUGGCUCUUACUUCAGUGGUUGUCACGCUGUGGUACAGAGCUCCAGAAGUUUUGCUUCAGUCCAGCUACGCCACCCCCGUGGAUCUCUGGAGUGUUGGUUGCAUAUUUGCAGAAAUGUUUCGUAGAAAGCCUCUUUUCCGUGGAAGUUCCGAUGUCGAUCAACUAGGAAAAAUCUUGGAUGUAAUUGGACUUCCUGGAGAAGAGGACUGGCCUAGAGAUGUUGCCCUCCCCAGGCAGGCUUUUCAUUCAAAAUGUGCUCAGCCGAUUGAGAAGUUUGUUACAGAUAUUGACGAACUUGGCAAAGACCUACUUCUGAAGUGCUUGACAUUUAAUCCAGCCAAAAGAAUAUCUGCCUACAGUGCCCUGUCUCACCCAUACUUCCAGGACCUGGAGAGGUGCAAGGAGAACCUGGAUUCCCACCUGCCGCCUGGCCAGAACACCUCAGAGCUGAAUACAGCCUGAGGUCUCAGCAGCUGCCUUGAGCUGAUCAUCCAGAGAACACCCUUGGUGGCUGCGGGGUCCUCUGAGCAAGCCCUGCAGAGCUGUUGAGGGUCGCUGAACAGAGGCCCCAGCUGCUAUCUUCUGGAUGGGCUCUGCUUCUCAAAGGAAACCGCCCUAGUUUACUGUUUUGAAAUCAAUGCAAGAGUGAUUGCAGCUUUAUGUUCAUUUGUUUGUUUGUUUGUCUGUGUGUUUCAAGAACCUGGAAAAUUUCCAGAAAAUGAGAAGCUGCUGACCAAUUGUGCUGCCAUUUCAUUUUUCUAACCUUGAAUGCUGCCAGUGUGAAGUGGAUAAUCCAGGCACAGCUGAGUUAUGAUGUAAUCUCGCUGCAGCUGCCGGCCUGAUUUGGUACUUUUGAGAGACAGAGAGAGAGAGACAGAGACAGAGAGAGAGUGAGAGUGUGUGUGUGUGUGUGUGUGUGUGUGUGUGUGUGUGUGUAGAGACUGAUUCGGUAAUCUCUUAAAGUGUUACUUUUUAUAAGUGACAAAAAUAAUUGAAUUUUAAAGACUCAAGGUGACCAGUGAAUAACAGGUGUUUUGUUCCCUGAAAGUAAUUCACCAGAAUGGUCCUCUCAAAUUAGAAAGUUGAGCCUAUGUCCUCAGCAUUUCUUUUCUGGCCAAAAGCAGUAAAUUUGCUAGCAGUAAAAGAUGACAUUUUAUACAUGCAGCAAAAUGAAAAAAAAAAAAAAAAAACCUUAGUAUCUUUUAAGAGACCUGUUUUGUAAAGCAUGCGUUCUAGUUACUCUUUGAAAAGCUGAAUUUACUCAUUAUAAGUCUAUUUUAACUUUCUAUAUAAUAUCAUGCUUUAUUGUUUCUUUUAGAAAAUACCCAAUAAGCUUUUUAUUACUUGCUAUAGAUGUAGAGAGUAUACCUCAAUUAGGUUAAAAAAAUAGAGAGACGUCUUUAUUUCCUCGUUUGAGAUUUAUUUCCUUUUUGGUUUUUUGUUAUUUUGUUUUUAGUUUUAGGGACUUGUCAGAAACUGUCUUCUGCUUUGGUUUGGAGAGUAGUUCUUCCAGACUAGAGUCAGAAUUACCAUUUAAAUCGUCCCCACCUAGUACACUGUACUUCUUGCAUGCACUGCCUUGUGUGCGAAGCAGCGCUUAUCUCUCCCGGCACCUCCGAGAUAGAGCGCCACCAUGACAUAACUAAUAACAGAUUGCUUAUGCCAUUCCCAUGCACCACCUGCUUGCCUUCUCUCAGUGAACCUUUCACAAAUACACAGUUUCAGAUUAGGGUUUAUGGCUUCAGUUCUGCAAUCCUAACUGUUCUCCCUCUGACGUGACCUUCCUGCCGGGUGUUCACUGUUAUCUAGACAUUGAGUAGGGUACUCUUUCUGCUCUUUUACCAGCACCUAGGUUCCUAUAAACUUACUCAGUGCUUUACCUUUCUAUGGAAUACACUGUCAGUGUGGUGUCUGAGGAAAUGUCUUUACCUAUUUUUAGAUAUAUUUACUCUCUAAAAUGUCUCUUCUCCUUCCCCCAGGCUGUGCCUGUUUCUAGUGCCUUAUGCCUCUCCCACUCACUGUCGAACCAGCCGGACCUGGGCAUUAGAAACAUCUGUGCUGUUCCUCCUGCUACUUUCUCUAGGGUCCUUUCUGUGCCAUCCCUUCCCCAACUUCUAUGUGGCUUUAGUGCUCCAGCUGGCUCUAGUAAUCCAGAAGACACAGAAGAUAGCUUUUGGAAAGUUCAGCUACCUUCACUUUCUGGCUCCCGUGUUCGGAAUGCGUGCAACCGGUAGACUCUGUUUGGAGUUAGGCUUUUUAAAGAAUGGACAUUGCUUCUUCACGCAGUAGGAAAUGUUUCAGGUGCUGUUUAUAUAUUAUCAAGCCUUCUGAAUUCUUCACAGCUUAAUGAAUACGAGUAUCUUGAAUAAGAGAAAAAAUUCGGAGGUGUUUCUUGAGAGCUUUUUGUAUUGGGAACCAUUCUUCUUUUACCAUAUAUGUUGUUCAAGAUUUCACUUCAGUAGCUUGAGAAACCGAACAUUUUUCCUAAAGCUAGUUUUAAAAGAAGAUGAGGGCCACAAGAAUGUUUUGUGUUUUCUUUGCCAUGACAACAUUGAUUAUGCAUUGUCAUAAUCUGUAAAUGCUUGAGAUAUAAAGAACCCAGAGCAUUGAGGACCAGGUAUAUACAAGGUCCCACCUGGAAAAAUGAGUUCUGCCUUUCCUUUUCUUAGUUCAAGGGUCGAAAUACAAAGACACUUCUGCUGCGACCUCAAAAUUGAAUUUUAAAACUCACUGCACUGAUUUUCAUGAUCUUUGGUUAGUCUCCAUGGCUAGAAUGAAUAUAACUUGAAUUCUUGCUUUUGCAAACGUUUUUUUCUAAGUUUGCUCAAGAAAAAUGCAGCUGUUCUAAACUGGAAUUUUUCAGCAUUCUUUAGAAUUUUAAGCAACUGAAGAGCUCAGCUUUUAUUUCUAGCAUCUGCUUUUGGCUCAAUUUUAAAUAGUGUUCAUAAAAAAAAAUUAAAACACAAAUACUUUGGCAUUAGUUAAUUGGCAAAUUAUUCUCUGGUGACACAGAAUGGAAGGGCAUUUUGACCUCUCUGAACUUUGUGAGUGUUUGUCACCAGCUCUUCCAUCUGAGUGGUUUUUGCACUUGAGUAAAUAUUCUCUCAAUUUACGUCUUUACAUCCAGGUUCACCAAUUCUGAAAUCCAGAUUCCACAUGAGCAGGGCACUCUGCGUCAUACAGUACUAGGUCACCGGGAAAGUCACGGCGUAUUUUUCUAAGCAAAAAUGCAUCAUGACUUUCCUGACCCCAUAGAAGAAGGACCUAGUGAAUAUGUCUUAUGCCUCCAUGAUGUAUGAUUUCAAAAAUCUUUGUCCAAAGCUACUCAGUGAUUAACUAAAAAGACCAUGGUGUCCCAGGGUUGUGCUAAAACAGCUCAGUAAAGCAAGUAAAAAUACGGUGACAGAUUUGAAAUCAUGUUUGAGUUUUAUAUGAGGACUUGUACAAGAAAGUGCCUGAUAGUUUGAUGGUCAAUUCUGGUGGCCCAGGCAAUAUAGGAGCUAUUAUGCAGAGUGGACUUGCAGCAGCCUACCUACAAAAAGAGAAAGCAGAAACUUGUUGAUUUACUUAUCACAAGUUAUCAUGUAGCAAAGAAUAAUAAUGACCUAACCUUCAAAACACAAUUCCUGUGAGCUGGUAAGGACCCAGUGGGUUGGAUCCUCCCACUUGAUCCCUCCUUUGAAGUAGAUGGGAACUCAAGGUGCAAAUAACCUGUUUUAGAAGGAAGCUUGGGGCCAUGUCAGCCCUCUGUAUUGUCACGAUUUUCUCUCAGGGUGUACGCUGGGAUUGGCAGACUCCAUUUAGCCCCAGGCGACUUACUAAAAAUAGUAUAAAAUUAUUCACCUAAGACGAGAAUCUGGGUGUUUUAGUUUUAAGUAAAAACGAAAAUCUCAGAACACACAGGAUGUUAAUAUCUUAAAGAAAACAUGUUCCUUUUAAUAGAAAAGUUUAUACUGGGUCAUCGAGAAAGUCAUGACGCAUCUUUGCAUAGAGAAACAUAGAAAAAUAUGUCAUAAAUUUCCUGAGGGCCUAAUAACUUGACUCCAGAAUGUACUGUCCAUCCUGAUGAGAAAACAAAUAGUACCAAACAUUUUGAACUUUAAAUUAUGUGUUUAAAUUGAGGGGUUUUUUAAGUAACUAUAGCAGCUUCUCUUAAAAGGUGCUUAUGAAAGUCAGCAAUGGCAAUUCUCAGGCCAUUAUGGGAAUUAAAUCAUGAAGGCUUACUAAUAUCAUAACCAGAUUAAAAUUCUUCUGUCCAAAGAAUUGCCUUCCUUUUAAGUGACAGCGUCACUGUCUUUAUCAUAAGCUCAUGAUAGUGUCUCACAAUUUCCAAAAGCAAGCUUUCUGUUGUAUGGCUGAGUCUAGGAAAGAAUAAUGUGAAAAGUCCAUAUGCCCCCAUAGUUAUUUCAUUGUAUUAGUGUAGAACCUACAGCAUAUUUACCUUGAAAAUCUUGAAAUGUUAUUAUAAAUUCUUAGACACUGAAUUCAAAAGAAUGCAUGUGUACACUGACCGAUAAAAGUGUUAGGUGAUUUCUAGAUCUUUGAAAAUCAUUCAUGAAACAGUGGGCAAUCAGUACAGGAAAUUCUGGAGAAAACGAAGGCAUUCAAAGGGUAGAUUGAAAGUUACAUCUACAUAUUCUGAAGGAUUUUUAAAUUAACAGAUAAAUUGAAAGGAUCUGUAUUCAAUCACUUGGCAACUAUGGGCUUGAUGUGUUCAAAAACAAAUUUUAUGUGGGGGAGCUGUCCCAAGCACACGUCACCUUUCAAAGGUUGAGUUGAGUAAACGGAAUUCCGUACUCCUUGCUCAUUUCUUUAGACGCAGCAGCCACGUGACACUGCACUUUCUAUAAAUCUCUAAGGGUGUCCAUGUAAAACCAUUAAACAAAUGUUGAAAAGGCAUAUGUUUCCUGUGCCACCAAGACCUUUGAAAAAUUGUAAACCUUAUCCCAAAUCACUUAUCACGUGCAUUAAAUACAUUUAGGUAUAGAAUUAAAAAGAUAUUUACAUGAUCUUUUUCCACAAUGGACACACUUCCUGAAGCUACCAAAACCUGUCAAGCAAUGUAAGUCCUUGGACAAUGAGUAAAGGUGUUUUCCCAAUGAGGAAAAUGGCAUGUUUCUUAUUGGCUCCCUUUUUAUAUCAGUGCAAUUUUCAACCCAGUUUGAUACUUACCUAUAUCUCAAGCAUUUCUGAUUUGUACUUCAGAAACUAAACCAAAAAUAUUCCUUUGGCCUUCUCUAUCUUCUGACCUUUGCACAGCAGGACUGUAGAAGCAGAAGGGGUCCAGUGGUUAGGAUUUUUUUUUCUCAAAUUGAUUUUUUUAAGGUUUUUCAAAAUGCUCUGUUUCUUAGCAUUCUGGAGUAUUCUGUUUUGAUCAAUGAAUAGGCUUCAACAUAAUUAGGUUUCCUUGCUACUGUGUGUGUGCUCUGGCUUCCAAGAAGAAAACAACUGAAAAUAAAUACAGGCUUUUAAAAAGAACCUAUUUAUUAGUAAAUAGUAAUAUAGCAAUUUGAAGUUAAUAUGGUAGGAAAAGGCAGUGGUAGGUUUUCUUGGGAAAGUCGGUUUUAAAAUACACUGACCUAAGAGAUGGGCUCUAUUUUUAUGCCAGUGUAUUCCACAAGGUGGCGCUUUCAGAGAAAAACUAAAAUCUAAUCACGGCUAGAGCCAUCCUGAAGGCUUCAUUCUAACUUUUAUUUUUCUGCACAUAUUUAACUCUUACCUAGUACUUGUUUUUCAGGAUGAUGAAUAGUCUUCAUAAUGCUCUGUAUCUUAGAUAGUUACUAGUUGGGUAGGUUCUGAACAAUUGUCAGCAAUUAAUUGUGCCUGAGGAGUUAAAUAAGGAAAGAAAGCCUAAGUCUUCAUUUAUUUAAAAAAAAAAAAAAAAAAAUUUUCUUUGAGGUACCUAAUAGCCUCGCUUUUCUGGUGGGAUAGGCUUACUAAAAAGGCAGCUGUCAUUCGUGAACAGGAUAGUUUUGUUAGGGGUAUAAAACUCCUGCAGUCAAAACACUCAGACCCUGUCUGUUUUCGCAUUCCCUACCAUGGUGGCUUUUAGACACUGAUUCGAUUUUAGAAUCUCAAUUUAAAAAUCAGGUAUACAAAAUAAGUAGUGCAUCAGUCAUUUAGUAGGCAAAAUUUGUUCUAAAGAAUUGCUGAAACAGAGCCCUAGGGGGAAAAAAAAAAGACCUGGUAAUUUUUACAUUUGUGUCAUGACGAAUGUAAGUUGAUAAGAUAUUCUAAUGUAAGAAAAUUUUAAAUAUAUGCAAAAUAACUUCAGAGUAUCCAUAUAAGUUUUUAAGUUUGGGGGCAACUUCAUGCUGUACGCAUUAAGUCUGCUCAGAGACUUGUUCAAUCUCCUCCUCCAUGAUUUAAGUUCAUUUUAAAAAGUCACCUUCCUCUCAACAGCGCCACUGAAGUUUAGGAGGAAGACAUGAUUGCAUUUGCAGUGGCCUUAGCACAGUACAACAGAAAGUAGUCUCUUCCUCCUGAGAGGCAGACACUAGGGGGUGCCUGCCCCACUUCCCCCCAGUAGGGCAGGGAGGCGUGUCUCAGUACUUUGCCACACCCACUGGCGGCUGCCGAAGCGCUCUGAGCAAUCACUGGCCUCGCUCCUCUCCCCUGCUCCGCCCCCACUCCCUGUAAUGUAUUGGUAGAUCGCAGUGUAAGUCCCUAAGUGAAAGGCCACAUUCAGACCUGAGUUCGCCAGCAGUGGGCCACUCUGAACAAUGCUCGGGUUAGAAACGUGGCUCUCCACCUGCAAACCUGGCGAGUGCUUGGACUCGUCGCCCCGCCCCUCUGGCUGCAGCCUGGCGGUGGGCUGGUUCGGUGAGGACCGCCCACCGCUCACCUGCCAGCGUCCGGAAUUAUGUCCCAGGCCGAAGUGCCCUGCUGCUGUCUCGGAGGCAUCUGUUGUGCAGUCUUAGGAAGUCAAGCGUCCCUAGAAGCAAACAGGUGUGUCUCUGUGCAUAAUUAAGUACAACACAAUUCACCGAAAGUUCGGGUAUAAAGAGAUGGCGUAGAAGCUGUGCCAGGCUGUCUACCCAGCGUCUCAAGCUCUAAGCUCAGAUUUUUUUUUUUCUUUAAGAGAAGGUGUAUAAUUACAGGAACUUUUUUUUUUAUUAUUUUCUAUCAUUCUGUAUACAUGAUGGCAAAAGAUAUGCCUCGAAAAGGUCUGUUUUGAAAAAUUGUCUCUCUUAGGCCUUGUCUUCAGUUGGCAAAAGCUUCCUGUUUUGUUUCCAUCUUCUCUUUUUCUUUUUUAAUUAAAGAUAGGGAAGUAAAUUAUCUCAUAUAGUAGGGGGGGGUUAGCUCCCUCCUGUUCAGAGGGAGCUUUUGUGUGAAUUGUUUGGUCGUUGGAAUAACCCCUUCUCCAUUUUAGGAGUUUGGCUUAACAAAUACAGGUGUUUUUAAAGGGGGCACAUAACUGUACAUAUUGACCGCCAAGAACUACUACUAUAGCACCAAUCAGCAAACAUGGAACCACACAAUUAUUUAAUUUUUAACUCUGUGGCCUUUUCCAAAUCCUGUUGAUGUGCUUAGGUUCAAGUUCUGAAGACACCCUUUUAUGCCCUUACUUGAAAGUUUCUAAUCUUAAGUUUUAUGAAAUGCAAUAAUAUGUGUUAGCUAGCAAUAUUUCUGUGAUGUCUGAACAAUGACAAUAGAUUGCAGCCGUAAUACAUUUCUUAAACCCCCAAGUGUAUCAUUUAUCUUCUUACUCUGGUCCUGUGUUUGCAACGAUACACACGUAUGUAUUCAGUUUCUCACUUUAUUCAUUUAUUUUUCUAUGAUCAGUAAUAAAUAUAUUAGUACAUGGAAUUAAUGCCAUCAGCUAUCCCUAGGAACAGCACUUAACAGGUGGGGAAUUUUUUUUCAAGUUCUACACGUGCAUAAAUUAUUUCUAUUAUUAUUCACGUGUCUUAUUUAUUUUGGAAUCACACUAGUCCUGUGAAGUGCAACUGAAGGCAGAAAGUAUUAGGACUUGCAUUUAGCUUCACUGUCAUAGUCUAUAUGAGCUAAGAAAGUAAAAAUUAGACUAAGCCCCCAAAUAGGCUGCAUGCAUUUUUAACAUGAUUAGUAGAUUUAAGUUUAUAGGUAGAGGUUUUUGUGGGUUUUUUUAGUGUCUUAAGUAUUUUAUCAUUAUGUAAAGGAAUUAGAGAAAAGGAUUUUGUAGUCAUUUGGUCAAAUAUGCUAUAGAUAGUGCAAAAAUAUAGCAAAAAUAAAAGCUAAAGGUAGAAAAGCAUCUUAGAUACUGCUGUGAUCUAGGAAAUGUGCCAGAUGGCCAUAAGAGUAGAAGCCUGGCAGAGACAGGUGCCUGGGCCAUGCCCCCAGGCAAUCUAAUGCCCUUGUAGGUGUCUCGUGUGGUCAUGGGAACAGGUAGUACUGUUGAGAGGAGAACAUAGGAGGGUUUUUCUGUAGAUUCUGAACUGUCAGUUUGUGCCUGAGGCUUCCAGAAUGUGUCAGAUGGAGAGGUCCAAGUUUCCCUGCAUCAGGCAACUUGGCUGUGUACAGAAGCAACCCAGCAUGGUAAUAAAAACCAGGUGUUGCAUAUAUAAUCAUCAGUAAAGGGAUUUUAACAACCAAUGAUUCCCAACACCUCAAAAGCUUUGUGUUUCUGGUAUUUUAGGUUAUGACCUGAAGGUUAAAAGGCAAGUGUUUGGUAUAGAAAAGCAGUAUGUGUUAAGAAAGGCACAACAUCAGUUCCCAUAGAGAACAGAAUAGAACUAAACCAUUUUGUAGGAUUAUCAUUUCUGAGAUGUGUGAAAGUAUGUUUUCACUAUAAUAUGAAUUAGUGUUUCUGCAUUCCUAUAAGGCCUAGUCCAAACUUCGUCUAGGUUUUGGCAAGGCUGUCACACACUCUCAGCUUUUUAUUUUCUGACUUAUCAUAGAAAAUAAUUUAAAAGUUAAAAAAAAAAUUGGGAGGACGUUUGACAUGUUGGUUUCUGUGUUUGAAAUCACAGUUCUAGAAACGCAGAGAUUAUGCGUGUCAGAUGCUCAUCUAGGCCCUGUGAACUAGGCCAGGGUAAAGAACACCCCCUCACUGCUACAUCCCUCUCUCUUCUUCCCUUCCACUAAGAUGUUCCCUGCAACCAUCCUGGACUGUUCCUAUGGUGCUCUCCAUACACCUUUGCCAGUCUGUGUGGCAUCAGGGACAUGGGGCCUUAGGCACCACUGGUGUGCCUGCAUGGUCCUGGCCACCAGCCCCACCUGACCUUUGGCUGCUCACAGUCAUCAGAAUAGUUCCUGAUACUGGGCACAGAAUGUGUUCAUAACAUCAGUCAGAAAUUGUGUGCAUUUUGAUUUUUAAGCCAAGUCAUCGUACAGAGCAUUUAGUUUGGGCUGUGGUACCAAGAGAAAAACUAGCCAAGAAGAAAAGCCACAUUCCAGGCUGCUGUCUUUCAUUCAUCUACAGGCUAUACUUUGACUGUAUUUCUUCAUACUUGAAAUUCAUUCUGCUAUUUAAUAUCAGGGUACAGACUUCUAAGGGUGCAUGUUCCUUCGAGGUGCGUAAUUACUCUCAUUCCGUUUGCUCAUAUUGCUACAGAAUGCUCUGUUUUGGUGCUUUGGGUUCAUCAGGUCAAGGCAGCACUAUGGAAAUUCAUUGCCUGUAACGGAUGACUUGGCGUUAGGUGUUACUUCUGCUCUUUUCUCUGUACGUAAGAUUGAGAGUUACCACACUGGCCUGUCAAGUCUGCCUGGAUAUCCUUCCUUUUGGGUUUAUAAACCCCGUGCUCUCCCCAGGGUGGGUGCAGCUCAUUGCUCUGAAAGCAGAGACCUUCCUUCCUAUCUGGAAUAUUUAGCCUUUAAGGAAGAUUGACCUUGGGCGUCGACAGCAACAGAAUGGAAAGAUCCAUCUCACUCUUGACGCCAUCCAUUGAGCACCCCUCCAGUUAACCAUCCCUCCAUCCCAUACAGAAAGCCCUCCGGAGAUGCAAUAAAAGAAACAAAAUCUAUCUCUGGGCUUUCCCUCCUCAGAGCUCCCUGAGCUGAGUGUUCUCGCUUCUUUUUCUUGAGGCAGAUGAAAAUACAGGUCAAUGUAUCUAGACCCUUGCCAUCUGCAAAGGAGAAUAGAAAAGCAGGUGUUUGUGUCACAUAAAAUAUGUCAUUGAAGGCCCACCAAAACUUCCAUUAAAUACCCCAUCACUAGAAAAAGUAGUUCCAGUAAGGGGUGCUUUAUGACAUGGAGUUUCUGAGGUCACGAGUAGCCAUGCUUGCAUGCACCUUACCCUCAGACUUCUUGGAGAGGAAGAACUGUGGUGGUGAUCCUGUUGCAAUGGCAAAGAUAACAUGUUUGACAAUUCAGAGGGUUACAAUCCAUAAUCCUUUGGAAACUGGAUGUCUUAUUGGGUGCUAGGUUGCAAAAUUAGGUAUUUAUUGUCAGAUCAUGGAAUUCAUUGUUUUUUUCAAAAUUGGUGUUAACAUGUCACUGUUGAUGUUCACUUAUGCAAAGCUAAAAUGAAGCAAAAAGAAAAUGGUUUGUAUAUUUGUCAUACCUUUUGUAUUACAGUAAAAAUAUUCGUAGCAAAUAAAAAUAAUAAAACCAGCAUUUUAAAACUG